AUGGCUGGCCAGCAAUAUGCACACGAAGAUUAUACGGUCGGAUGGAUAUGCGCAUUGCCAAAGACCGAGCUCGUAGCUGCCGCAGCAAUGUUAGACGAAGAAUAUCUAAUACUACCAGCGACCGAUCCGCAAGACGCGAAUACAUACCUACUUGGCAGGAUCGGCGAUCAUAACGUGGUGAUAGCUUGCCUACCCGCAGAGAUGACGGGCAAAGUCUCGGCUGCCACGGUGGCCACAGACAUGAUCCGUAGCUUUCCAUCGAUCCGGUUCGGUCUGAUGGUAGGUAUCGGUGGUGGCGCACCACGUCGCGCAUAUCCGGAACAAGGUACGGGUGGCGGAUUAGUGGAAGACGACUUUGACGAGUCGGAAGAUGAGAUGGAGGAAAUACCAGAUAUUAGGCUGGGCGAUGUCGUAGUUUGCCUACACACCAAGUCUGCGGAAGCGGUUGUGCAGUAUGAUUUUGGCAAGUCAUUACAGGAGAAGGAGUUUGUCCAUACAGGUGGGAAGCUGAAUAAACCUCCGCGUAUCGUUCUGAAUGCAGUUGGUCGGCUUCAGGCCAAUCAUAUCCGGGGACAUCGCAAAAUACCUGAGUUAUUAUCAAAAAUGCUUACAGAGAACUCAGACAUGAUACAUUUCCAACAUCCUGGUUUGGAGAAGGACCGUCUUUUUCGGCCAGACGUUGUUCAUGUAGAAGGAAGGAAGUCAUGCAGGGAUUGUUGUGGCCUCAACAAUGCCAACAUCGUUAAAAGAGACAGUCGGUCGGAUACGGUUCCCAAGAUUCAUUAUGGGACCAUCGGGUCUGCAGACCAAGUGAUGAAGGAUGCCAUCCUUAGAGACCAGUGGGCACUGAAGGAGAAUAUUCUAUGUUUCGAGAUGGAAGCUGCUGGGCUGAUGGAUUCAUUUCCAUGCCUUGUCAUUCGAGGGAUCUGCGACUACGCUGACUCGCAUAAAAACAAGGUGUGGCAGCCAUACGCUGCUGCAACAGCGGCAGCUUAUGCGAAAGAACUGCUUCUCGUGAUUCCCGGGCAAGGUCUUAUGAAGCUAUCUCCAAUCAAGCAGUUAUUGCAUCUCUCUGAGCAGAUUGAGGCAGUCAAUUCUACCCUUGAGAAAACUUUCGAACAACGCGAAAACCACCAUCAUGACCAAAUCAUGCGAUAUGCGACCGAAGAUCAACGUCGCUGUCAUCAAGUGUUCAAGACGUCAACUUAUGAAAAGUUCAAAAAUAUCAACCCAAAUCGAGUGGAAGGAACAUGCGAGUGGGUACUCAAGAGCCCUGAGUAUCUGCGUUGGUGGAAUGCCACACACAAUGAUCUCCUGUGGAUCUCGGCGGACCCAGGAUGCGGUAAAUCCGUACUUGCUAAGUCAUUGAUUGAUGAAGUAUUCGCGCUCUCUGAUCUGAAUGUCCUGAUUGUGUACUUCUUCUUCAAGGACAAUGACGAACAGAACAAUCUGGCUACCGCGUUGUGUGCUGUGCUUCAUCAGCUGUUUAGCUUGCAGCCACAACUAUUACGACAUGCAUUGCCGUUUUGGGAAAGAAGUAAAGAAAAAAUUCAGUAUGAAGUGGACGACAUGUGGCGCAUCUUCAUGGCCACCAUGUCCGAUGGGACAUUUGGGAAUACAAUCUGUGUAUUCGAUGCUCUCGAUGAGUGCCGUGAUCACGAUCAGAAACAAUUGAUCGAGAGACUCCAUGACUUUCAUAACCGACGUCCGGCUAGUCAAGAAAAUUGGCUGAAGUUUCUCGUGACAAGUCGACCAUAUGAUGAUAUUCAAGAUCGCUUUCGGCCAUUGACGGAGUGUUUUCCGCAGAUCCAUCUCCGCGGCGAAGAAGAGAAUGAUCAAAUUCACGAAGAGAUCAAUCUAGUAGUAAAAGUCAAAUUGACUGAGCUGGGAAAGGACCUUGGUCUGCGCGCUAACACGCAAGAGCGGCUCGAAAGAGAGUUGUACGAAAUGAAGCAUCGCACAUACCUUUGGUUGUAUUUAGCAAUCGAUGAUAUCAAAAGAACAUUGAAAAAUAGUCUUCGGCCAGACCGUGAAACCAUUCCGCCGCUUCCAAAGAAUGUCUCCAAAGCAUACGAAAGAAUACUAGAUCGAGUACCUUCUGACCAAAAAACCAAGGUGGAAACCAUUCUGCGAAUUAUCAUUGGCGCGCGACGUCCACUAACUGUUCAGGAGAUGGCAAUGGCUUUAGGGACUGCAAGAGAGUUCCUUAUUAGCAAACACGGUAGAUCUCCCAACGUCCAUUGGCAUCUUGAGCAGCGCAAAACAGAGAUACAAAUGACUGAAAUAUGCGUCAAAUACCUUGUUAUGAAUGAUCUGGUCAGUAAUGACGGAGAGUCUAUACGGAGCUUACUGGAUUAUUCUGCAGAAAACUGGGCCGAUCAUUUUCGAGAUGUGCUCUCCCCGGAAGCUGAGUUAGUGGACUGGGUCUGGAAGCUGUAUGAUGUUAUGACGAAGCGAUUUCGCUUGUGGUUUCCUAAAUUUUGGACUGUAGCAAUGCGGCAUCGUCAAGACCCCAAAAUGAAGGCACUGCAUCUAGCUGCGUUCAAUGGCCAUCCGGAUAUACUGUGUCGAGUUGAUGUGAAUAAGACAGAUGCAGUCGAUCAGUUCGACAGGUCAGGAACGACAGCAUUACAAUGGGCUUGUGAGCGGGGACAUCUUGAGAUUGCUCAGCUACUACUUGAAAAGGGAGCAGAUGUCAAUGCUCAGGGUGGAUACUAUGGCAAUGCUCUCAACGCUGCUGCUGAAGGAGGAUAUCUUGAAAUUGUUCAGCUACUACUUGAAAAGGAAGCAGAUGUCAAUACUCAGCGUGUAGAGCAUAGCAACGCUCUCCAAGCUGCUGCUAGAGGAGGAUAUCUUGAGAUUGUUCAGCUAUUACUUGAAAAGGGAGCAGACGUCAAUGCUCAGGGUGGAUACUAUGGCAAUGCUCUCAACGCUGCUGCUAGAGGAGGAUAUCUUGAGAUUUUUCAGCUACUACUUGAAAAGGGAGCAGAUGUCAAUACUCAUGGUAUAGAGCAUGGCGACGCUCUCCAAGCUGCUGCUAGAGGAGGAUAUCUUGAGAUUGUUCAGCUACUACUUGAAAAGGGAGCAGAUGUCAAUGCUCAGGGUGGAUACCAUGGCAAUGCUCUCAACGCUGCUGCUAAAGGAGGAUAUCUUAAAAUUGUUCAGCUACUACUUGCAAAGGGAGCAGAUGUCAAUAUUCAGGGUGGAAACUAUGGCAAUGCUCUCUACGCUGCUGCUCAAAAAGGACAUCUUGAGAUUAUUCAGCUACUACUUGAAGGAGCGGAUGUCAAUGCUCAGGGUGGAUACUAUGGCAAUGCCCUCAACGCUGCUGCUGGAAGAGGUUAUCUUGAGACUUUUCAAUUACUACUUGAAAAGGGAGCAGAUAUCAAUGCUCAAGGUGGAUACUAUGGCAAUGCUCUCAACGCUGCUGCUAGAGGAGGAUAUCUGGAGAUUGUCCAGUUACUACUUGAAAAAGGAGCGGAUGCUAAGACUCAUGGUGGAGAAUACGGCAAUGCUCUUCAAGCUGCUGCUCGAGGAGGAUAAUUGGAGAUUAUUCAGCUACUACUGGAGAAAGGAGCGUAUAACCAGACAGCUGCUUACGGAGGACAUUUGCGGUUUUUUGAACAUAUUGCAGAACUCCAAUUAGACAAAUUUUAAGCAACAAAUUAGCGUUACUCAUCAAGACAAAUGAUAUCGUUCCUCCGUUUGUUUACAGUUGUCUGUCAUUGAUCAGGUGGAAUGGGCGGUUUAUUUACAGGCAGAAAGUCAUGCUAAUUGGAGUAUUGCUUUAUUCCAAUCCACGAUGCCGUGCCCAGAUCAGGACGAAAAUGUGGUUUCACACAUCUCUUGACUCUUCUCUUUCUACUUCCUUCUAACGCCGGCUUAGGGUUAAUCAAAUUACAACACCG